GAAAGCUUUGCAGUGUGGAGUUGCCUGGUUGCGAUGGAGGCGCCUAGUAUUUUUCUUGUUUUCUAACCUCAAAAUGGCGGGAAUACUGAUUUUUAGUGAGAAUCUACUGCGGGAAUGCAACAAAAUCCCCAAUUUAAAUGAGCGAGCUUCAAUGAUCUAUGCUCUCAUUGAAGCAUAUGGACUUAUAAAACAUGUAACAAUCCAGCAUCCACGUAGAGCUACUUACGAGGAACUCCUUCUCUGUCACUCUGAGAACUUCCUGCGACACCUGAAGACAUGCGAUGGCAGUGAAGAAGUCACCGAGGAGGAUGAGGAAUUCGGCUUAAGCUAUGAUUGCUCCAAAUUCUCAGAUCUCUAUCAGUUUGCAGAAGUUAUUGCAGGAGGAACAGUCACUGCGGCUGAAGCUCUGAUCUCCGGAAGUCGAUUUGCAAUUAAUUGGUGCGGUGGUUGGCAUCAUGCUCAGAGUGAUCGAGCUGAUGGCUUUUGCUACGUCAAUGACAUUGUGGUGGCAAUUCAGAAGCUAGUGUCGCACUUCCCGCGAGUUUUAUACGUGGAUUUGGAUGUUCAUCACGGGGAUGGAGUUGAGAAUGCCUUUUCAUGCACAAAGCGUGUCUUUUGUCUCUCCUUUCACCUCCAUGAAGCUGGAUUCUUUCCCGGAACCGGUGGAGUGGAAGAAUGUGGCUUUGGAAAUGGAAAAGGCUACACAGCGAAUUUUCCGUACAGAAGAAACAUAUCCGGAAAGCGUUUCCGUGAAUCCUUUUACAAAACCACAAAACUCAUCAUGGAGAGAUUUAAUCCCACAGCCUGUGUUAUCCAAUGUAGUGCCGAUGUAAUUGCCGGUGAUCCAUUGGGAGGAGCCAAUCUCACACCAAAGGACAUUGCAGAGUGCAUAAAAGUGGUAAAGUCUUGGAAUAUUCCUUCUCUAUUCGUCGGAGGUGGUGGGUACAAUUUGCCCAAUGCCUCUCGCCAUUUUACCUUCCUCACAGCAACAAUUUGUGGGGCUGAUGAGCUCAGCGAUGAUAUUCCUGAGCAUGAUUUUUUCAAUGCUUACGGACCUGGAUUUGAGCUCUCAGUUGAACAGAAAAAUCUUAAGGAUUGCAACACAGAUGCAGAGUUAGAAGAGAUUUAUCAAUCAAUUGUAAGAAAUUUAGAUAAGUUUGGGGUGUUUCCAGAGAAAUUAUGAUUUUCUUAAUUAUAGAAAAUGUUCAA